CGCCACAAGCAUCACCACAGAAGAUCCCUAAUUAGCGUCAUCUGCGUCAUUAGUGACAUUUAAUGUUGCGCUGUGUCCUGUAAAAUGGCGUCGUUUUUCCGAUUUCCAUUUUUACCCCAAGUCUAAUUGCGAAAUAAUAGAAUAAACAUUGAAUGCGUGAAGGUGCAGUGUAUUAGUGGAGCCGAAAAGAAGCCAUAAAUACAUACCAUGGAGGCUGUGAAAGCCUUCAAUGCGGAGCUUUCAGCUUUAUAUGAAGUGAAGCCUCCAAUAUCAAAAGCCAAAAUGACUGCCCUAACUAGAGGAGCUAUAAAAGCUAUUAAGUUCUACAAACAUGUGGUCCAGAGUGUAGAAAAAUUCAUUCUCAAAUGUAAGCCAGAAUACAAAGUACCUGGUCUUUAUGUGAUCGAUUCGAUAGUGAGACAGUCUAGACACCAGUUUGGUGCUGAGAAAGAUGUUUUUGCACCCAGAUUUUCGAAGAGUUUGCAGCAGACUUUUGUCAACUUAUUUAAAUGUCCCCCUGAAGAUAAGAGCAAAAUUAUCAGAGUGUUAAAUUUGUGGCAAAAGAAUCAAGUAUUUGCCCCUGAAGUGAUUCAGCCUUUGUUUGACUUGGCUGAUCCAAAUAAUCCGAUACAUCAGCAAAUACAGCAGCAAAGCACACCUAUUCAGCAAACGAAUGGAGCGCAGUCCCAAGUCGCAAAAGGUUCUCCUGCUCUACAAAGAACACCCACCAAAGUCAACCAGCCUACAUCAUCGGAGACACCUGCAGCUAAUUUGAACCUAACCGAUCCAGUGUUGCAACAACUGCAGCAUCUUCAACGUUUGCUAUCCAAAGGAGCGGACGCUGCUACGGUCAGGGCUGAGCAAGUGCAUUUCGACAAAAAACUUCUCGACUUUGAUUAUGGCGAUGAUGAGGAAGAAGUAAAUCCCAGUCCAAGACCGACCCAGUCCGGUUCAUCAUCUGCCGACCCAGUAGCUAGCCUUCUGACUAAUCCAGAAGUGCUGAGGCAACUUCAGACACUGCAAAGCACAUUGGCAGGCGCUGUGAACCCACCGUCUGUAGAAUCAGAGAAUGACCGAAUGAAGAAAUUACAUGAAAUGAAGCUGCAAGAAGAUGAAUUUGAUAAACGUUUAGCUCAAACUGUGCCUAACCUACCUUUCGCAGCCGAGUGUGACUUCAAGUUAAGUUCAACGACGAGUAUGAUCGGGGGGCUUCAUUUCAUUGCACCUCAACCAGAGAUCCAAAUAGGACAAGGAUACGAAAUCCAGAAUGAUACUAAUACAUUUUAUGGUAGUCAGCCUGUCACCAAUGAAGUUGAAGUAAUCAACUUGGAUCAUGAUGAUUCACAUUCAGAAGAUGAACGAUACAAACGGAAAAGAAGCCGUUCACGAUCACGCGAUAGAGGCAGAGAAAAAGACAGACGACGAAGAACGAGAAGUAGAUCUAGAUCUAGGGGUAGAAGGCAUAGGUCUAAAUCUAAAGAUAGGAAAGAAAAGGAGAAGCGCGAAAAGCAAAAGGAAACAGAAAAGGACAAGGAGCGAAAAAAAAGAGGGUUACCUGCUAUGAAAAGCAACAAUUUGAGCGUGUGCAGCACUACUUUGUGGGUGGGGCAUCUUUCCAAAUUAGUUCACCAAGAUGAUCUGUCAAAUACCUUCGGCGAAUUUGGUGAUAUUGUGAGUAUCGAUUUAAUAUCACCUCGAGGAUGUGCGUUUAUUGUUAUGCAUCGGAGGCAAGACGCAGCAAGAUGUCUUGCAAAAUUGAAAAACUAUAAUCUACAUGGAAAAGCCAUAACGAUUGCUUGGGCUCCUGGAAAGGGAGUGAAAGGCAAAGAUCUAAAGGAUUAUUGGGAAGGUGAUUUAGGAGUGUCUUAUAUCCCAUAUAACAAACUUAGGCCAGACAUGGAUUUGGAAGCUUUGGAAGACGGUGGUAUGAUCGAUGAAGAUUCUAUGCCUGAUUGGAUGAAGAUGAAAGUUGAAGAAAGUGCAAAGAAGAAAGUUGCAGAUUUGACACCAUUUUUAAUGGGAGCUGGUGACACAUCUAAUCAUUCAACAAUCGAUACCAGCCAGCCUCCUCCACUCCCACCUUCUAGUCUCAUGCAACCCCCAAUGCUCUCUAUGGUAAAUCCGUUUCAAAUGAAUAACCGAUUUUUGAGCAUGAUUCCUAACAUGGCAAACUUGGCUAAUUUGCCAUUGGGAGUGCCGCCACCCAAUAUGGCACCUCCUUCUAUAAUGUCUAAUUUGGGAUUAGGAGUCGGGUCGCCUUUUCAAGGACCUCCCGGGUUUAUUCCGCCUGGAAUGCCGCCUCCACAGCAGCAAGAGCAAAAGCCAAAUGCACAACCUUCCUCAGAUGUAAAACUGCGUAAUCUGAGCGAGUCUUUAAUGAACUUGACGGGGCAACCGUUGGGUUUACCACCUCAACUUCCAACGCAUCUUCCGCCUCCGCCUUUGCAUUCGCUUAUGGACGAUAGUAUGGACGUUGAAAUGGAAGAUGCAGUACAUCCGGACUUGAACAAACCGCCACCAAAUAUUGCAUUGAGCGAUCAGCUUCAAGCUGCACUGAAUGUCCCUUUUAUUAGAGACAACAGGCGAGAUGACUCUCGCUUCUCACCUUCCAGGAGAGAUGGACGAGAUAACAAGAGAGAUCGCAGCAAUGAAAGAGGUCGGAGGAGGAGUAGGAGCAGGGAACGAGAUCAAAACAGAGACCGGGAUAGAAAUGGAGCACGUGAUCGCGAGCGUCGAGAUAGAGACAGGGAUUUCAGCAGAGGCGGCCGAGAUAGAGAUCGCCGUGGGGGCGACAGAGAUCGUGUUAAUAGAUGGGGUGCAGUAGAUCGCAGAGAUGACCGAGGUUCGUCGGAUCGUCGAGAUAGUGGUUAUGAUCGCCGCGCAGGUCCUCUUGGUCGACGUGAUACAAAUGAUAGACGAGACGAUUCUUUUGAGAGGAGAGAUGCGGCUCGAUCUACUGAACGGAGAGAUUCUGUUGAUACGCGAGAGAAAAAUGACAGAUCAAAAACACUUAAUGACCGACUUAAAGAAAUGGCUGGUAUUAACUUCGAUAACGCGGCGGAUCAAAGCGAACGGAAAGCUUCUCCCCGAAAUCUAGGAGCUUCCGAGGCAAAAGCUGAUUCUCCAAAGGAAGGAGGAUUACGUUUUGAACCACCUGUUAGUGUUUCAGAAGACAUUUUUUCAAGUUUACCACCUGAGACCGGACGAGAAGAUAGAUCAUCCACGGAUUUAGUACGAAAUCCAAGUCCGCCCGAUAAUAAAUCAGCUGAUUUAAAUAACGAAGGAGUACCUCAAGGCAAUAAUGAAUCAUCAGUUACUCCAUGCAAUGAAAAUGAAGAUAGUCUACAGUUAUUGACCUCGUCAAGAGGAAUUGAGUUGGGUUCUGAUUUGCAAGAUUCCAAGCAAUUUGGUCGAGAAAGAUAUGAAACUGGUGGUUCUAAAGAAUUCGGCUUUGGCGGACCGAGAUCAUUUGAUGGGGAUGGAUUAGGCUCUUUCGGCGCUUUUGGACCUGAAGGACCGGACUCCUUUAGGCCUGACGGUCCGUGUCAUUUUGCACCUGAUAAACCUCCAUUUAGAGGUCCUUCGUUUGGAGAUGAAGGGUUUGGAAUUCCUCCUGAUCGAAUUGACGGAUUUAGUUCUAAUUUUCCACCACCCGGAUAUGAAGGACCUCCAGAAAGAUUUAUCAGAGGUGGUAGAAGGGGUCGAGGACGAGGUCGUGGAAGAGGAAGAGAUGGUCCAGAAUUUUUCCCUCGUGACGAUUUUGGUCCCCCUGUAAUGGAUGAAGGUUAUGGCCCACCAAUGCGCGAAGAAUUCGGACCUCCACUGAGAAGCGAUUAUGGCCCGCCGAUGAGAGAUGAUUUUGGUCCGCCUAUUCGAGACGAUUUUGGUCCGCCAAUUCGAGACGAUUUUGGUCCACCGAUGAGAGACGAUUUUGGGCCACCAAUGAGAGACGAUUUUGGGUCGAGAGGUAUGCGAAUGCGUGGAAGAGGAUUUUUUGGUCGCGGUAAUGGCCCGAGAGGCAGAGGAGCGUCGUUCCGAGAGGGUCCAUCUGGAUUCAACGCCGAUUUUGAUGGAGGUCCACCUGAGUUCUUCAGGGGAGGCCCUAGGGGACGCCCAUUUGUUGAUCCUUUCCACCAUCGUGGAAGAGGUCGUGGUUUUAGAGGAGGGCGAGGACGGCAUGAGUUUGCAGAUGGUCCUCCUCCAGAUUUUUUCAAUGGACCCCCAGGAACACAUUUUGAAAGUGGUCCUCCAUAUGAGGAUGCUCCUCCGUUUGGAGAAGUACGAACUCAAUCUGCGGACUUCGGGAGCGAGCCUGAUGGACGCAAGGAUCGAAGUACACGGAAGGAAAGACUUUCCCGGUGGGAAGGUGAGCCGGAACAAGGGGAAGUUAACCAGAAUGUUGAGACAUUGCCUGCUUGCCCAGAUGGUGGUGGCACUCCUUUGCGUGACGAAAUAGACGACUGUGGACAGGAAAUUGAUUUUCCCGCAACUCAAGCUGCUGAUGAGAAAGUCGACCCCAUUCCUGAUCAAGAGGUGUUACUUUCAGACUCCGCAGGUGGAGAGAUUGCCGAGAACCUUCCCGUAGAAUGAAGAACAGGCAAACCAAGAAUUAGUUUAUAAGUGGUACAUCAUAGUUCUAAUAAAUAAUUUAACUUGCUUUGUUUUUGAAGUCAUCAAAUUAUGAUUAAAAGUAAUGGUUUGCAACCGAGAUAGAUGUGACAUAGAAGGCGAGUGAAUUUGUUUUAGUUAUUGUCGAGGUCUGGUGAUCGCCUUUUACCAUUUGUAAUCUUUUUGAUUUAGUGUAUAAUAAUAAUUAUUUAGACCUCCACCUUCACCUUUAAGAAUAUAUACCAUUUUAAUUCGAAGGGAGCUUAUUUCUGUAGUAGGUGUACUUACUACUGUGUCAAAAAAAUAUUGGUACGUCAAUCUAUUGUUAAAGUAUCUAGUUUUAGGAAGAGGCCAGCUCCUGUCUGUAGAGGUAAUAUAUACUUUUGUUGA